AUGGAGGGUUCUGCAAAAACAACAGUCAGUACCAAUGAGGUGAUCGGAGCCGUGACAGCAGGUGAAGCAGCUUCUUCCGUACACGACUCUGGGGACAGCUGCAGCUCCUGCCUGAAACUGGGCUUUAUCCAGCUGGACUACCGGAAUGAGCUCAAACAAAUGUGCAGGCUUGUGGGACCAGUGGUCAUUUCCCAGUUGAUGGUCUUCAUGAUCAGUGUCGUCAGCACAGUGUUCUGUGGUCACCUGGGGAAAACUGAACUAGCAGGGGUAUCCUUAGCAGCUGCGGUGCUUAAUGUCACUGGUAUUUCCAUUGGAUCUGGUUUGUCGUUAACUUGUGAUACCCUCAUAUCUCAGACGUAUGGGAGCGGUAACUUGAAGCGUGUGGGCGUGAUCCUCCAGAGAGGGAUUCUGAUUCUGCUGAUGGCCUGUUUUCCCUGUUGGGCCAUCCUCAUCAACACUGAACCUCUCCUACUUGCUGUCAAACAGAGCCCAGAGGUCGCCAGUCUCUCACAGUUGUAUGUGAAGAUCUUCAUGCCUGCUCUGCCGGCUGCUUUUAUGUACCAGCUGCAAGCGAAGUACCUUCAAAAUCAGAGCAUUAUAUGGCCUCAGGUUAUGACUGGACUGACUGCAAAUGUCCUGAAUGGAAUUAUCAACUACAUCUUCCUCUAUCUUCUGGAUUUGGGCGUAGCUGGAUCUGCAGCAGCCAAUGCUAUCUCUCAGUAUUUGAUGGCGGUGGUCUUAUACGUUUACAUCUGCUGGAGGGGUCUGCACAAGGCCACAUGGGGAGGUUGGUCGCUUGAGUGUAUGCAGGAGUGGGGACCCUACGUCAAGUUGGCCAUUCCCAGCAUGCUCAUGCUUUGUCUGGAGUGGUGGAUGUUUGAGUUCGGAGGAUUCCUGGCCGGAGUGAUUAGUGAGACUGAGCUGGCAGCCCAGGCCAUAGUAUUACAGCUGACCAAUAUAGCUUAUAUAUUCUCAAUAGGAUUCUCUGUUGCUGCCAGUGUACGAGUUGGGAAUGCUCUUGGUGCAGGAAACAUAGAGCAGGCCAAGCAAUUUUCCAAGGUUCCCAUCAUGUGUGCAUUCAUAGUUGCAUGUAUUAUUGGAGCUAGCUUUAGCAUCGCUAGAAAUGUUGUUGGAUACAUUUUCACCACGGAGCAAGACGUUUUAGAGAAGGUGGCUGACGUCAUGCUUAUAUUUGGUCUCAUGCACGUCGGUGAUGCCACUGCGGGUGUGGCUGGGGGAGUUCUUAGAGGAGCAGGGAAACAGUUGGUUGGUGCUCUGUGUAACCUGGUGGGAUACUACUUCAUUGGCUUCCCCAUUGGUGUGUCCCUAAUGUUUGCAGCGAACAUGGGAAUUGUGGGACUAUGGACAGGACUUACCACUUGUGUGCUAAUGCAGUCGAUUUUCUUCAUCACAUAUGUGUGUAAACUUGACUGGAAGAAGGCUGCUGAAGAGGCUCUCGUGAGAGCAGGAAUCCAGAUCAAAGAUGAAAUUGAGAUGGUCGGGAUGGAAAACACAGAGUCAAAGCAGAACCAGGCUGACAUCAGUACUACUUCAUCCAGUUGUGACAUUGCUGAGGAGGAUCACACUUACCAGCAGGUGCACGGUCCAGAUCAGAAUAAAUCCACCUCCUCCACAGCGGGAGAUGUUCUCUCAGUAACACAGCUGAUUUUACGGCGUGGACUGACACUGCUGCUCAUGGUCGUCAUGCUAAUCCUUGGAAUCUUGGCCAACAACUUGCUCAUCAGACUGUUGAAAUGAAUCUUGCAGACAGACGGAUGUUUGGCAGG